AACUCAUACGAGUCUUCUGGAGCUCCUGGACUUGGCAACCAGAAGCAAACCAUAAAGGUCGAUAGAGGAGAAAGGCAAACGCACAAACAUGAGCGCCUCCUCCCCGCCAGAUGCGGGCCCAGACCCCGCAACGCACGAUGCUGUCGACAGCGCUACGACCACAUCGGAGCCAUCGGCAUCGGUACCCGCACCCGCACAUGCAGGGAGUCCAGCAGAAGUCCAGACCGAGGUCGUGAAUGCUGUCGAGGAGUCGAAGCAUGUUUCCGCCGCGACAGCAGCCGUGCUCGAAGCGGAACCAGAAGCUCAAACGAAUGGAUUCUCACCGACAGCAGAUGGGGGAAAUGAAGGGUUCAAGGCAUUGCCAUGCUCUAUUAUUGCAUCUGAACUAGCAGCGCCAGCCCAGGAAGAUCGUCCGGCAGACAGCCAAGAUACGCUUAGUGCUGCAUCGGAGGAUACGCCUGCGCCCGUUCCCUUCUCAGCAGUCCCCGAGCAUGAGCCGCAAUCGGAACCUGCACAAGCUACAGAAGCACAAGACCUCGCAUCGACUGCGGAGGAGGAAGCUGCAGCGCAAGCGGAUCCAGAAAGCGCAGAAAAAAGCGUAGAUGCAGCAAAAGUAUCCUUGCUGCCAGCGGAAGCAGAAGCGGCGCCUGCACCGACAAAGCCGGCUGUGGGCCAUAAGGCUGCGCAACUCAGCGUCGCAAAUGCUGCCAGUCUCUUCGGGGAUGAUUCAUUCAAUCUCAGCGGCUUUGGUGGUCCAGAGACGGUGCCGGAGGAAGAAUCGCAGCCUGGAAAAGAUGUCUUUGGCACCGUGCCUGCCUUCGAUAUUGGCGACGCAGACCCGUACACAGGUCAACAACAGUUGCAGCACCAGCGAUCUCUCGACCUGUUCACAGCGAUACUGCCUGCUGCAACUUCGCAAGCCCAAAAUUUGGCCGCAUUGCAGCCGCCAGUAUCAACAGCCGGAGGCGAUCACAUCUCCUCGCCAACGGGGCUGUUCGGGAGCUCGGGGGAGGCGGACGACUGGUUGAAUGCUAGCGGCGUUGGAGCUGGAGAGCUGGCAGCAACAGGCCAAGAAGCUGGCUACGACGCUCAACACUACGAAGGGCAAGGCGAAUACACAGCGGGUGAAGGAGCGUCACAGAUACAGCAGUACGACCCUUAUGGGGGGCAACAGGUUUCCGAUUAUGGCCAGUGGUACGCGCAGGAAGGGCAACAGCAGAGGGAACAAGGGGUUUACUAUGGUGACGGUCAAAGUUCAACAGAAAUGGACGCGGGCAUGGGCUACUACGAGCAAGGGCAGACCUACGACUACAGUGAUCAGCAGCAGAAUGGUGGAGCCUAUGAUCCAAAUGGCGGCUAUGGUGCACCCUACGAGCCUGCAUAUCCGAACGCUUUGGCCGCUUACGGUGCACCUGUAGCGGCUGCUGACCCUUACGCGCCAGCUCCAGAUGCCAGCACCACUGCUCCUGGCGACGCGUACGCACCAGAUGCGGGUCGGCAAUACGACCAGACUUUUGCUCAGCAGCUUGCGGAUCCUUAUGCUUCGUACGCAGCCCAGCUACCGGCGCAAACGACCAACAUGCUGGCACCGCCACCUGCUACAGGUAUCGCCGCUAGCCUGCCACCCCCUCUAAUGGCUGGAACCACAGCGCUUUCGAAGGACGCGGGCAGCUAUGCGUACGACGCGCCUAUCCCGGACAAGCCUGUCAAAGGCCGGGGAGGCAGGCGCUCGGCUGCGCCCUCUUAUUUUGGGGAAGUAGAGCCGCCGCAGCAGCUUGCUGUGAAUGAUUACUCUCAGCAAGGUUACUAUAUGCAAGACCCGCAUGGACAAGCUCAAGAACAGAUAUAUGAAGCGUAUGGCCAAGGGCAGUCGGCGCAUGAAGUGUACGGCCUUGACUCCCCUCAUGUCAAUGGAAAGCAAGCUGGGGCAGGUGACAAAGUCUACAACUACCAACAGCCCGCAGCUGAAGGGCAAACGUUCGACUACUGUCAGCAAGAAGGCGCUUAUGUACAGCCGACCGCAGUGAAUGAUGCCUAUGAUCAAUACCAGGCGUACAACGAAGGCCAGGGUCAACAAUACCAAGAUGGCUGUUCCCAACAAGAUCAGUUCUUUCAAGCAGAGCACUCAGAGAUUCAAGAGUGUGCGCAAGAGCAACAAGGUUACGCAGACCAAGGCGAGAAUGCUGCACAUGCCCCCUACCAUUCCUAUAGCCCUCAGGCCUACAAUGAUCCUGAGGGUGACAAUGGCAGUGCAGGCGCUUUCAACGGUGCUGAAGAUCCGGAGGUUGGAUUCGAGGCACCUCGUGCUUCGGUUGAAGGAGGCGAGAACGAAGCUGCAGAUGCAACGCCAACGUUACAUGCAUCUACUGUGGACAUGGCGCAUCACCCGCCUGAAGGAGGGCCCAUCGGGGCCGUCGCGCCGGAACUGCAGGUCGAGGGCGCUGCGCUCGCUCUUGGUGAUCUGCACAUCUCAGGAGCGACUGGCGGUCACCAUGCAAAAGGGACGGAUCGCGCUCCGACGCCCCCAAGGGCAACUGACAUGCGACACCAGUCCUCCUGGGUCGGAAGCCUUGAGCAAGCAGCUGAGCAACACGACGGCAUGCCGUAUGCUGAUCACACAGCUCAAGAUCCCGCAGUUCGCGAGGAGCAAUCGCCGAGGAGCGCUCACGCACCCACUACGAAUGGAGAAUACAAUGAACGCACUCCUUCUGCAGCUGCAGGGCUCCCUGUGGAUUUUCCUUCUAAUGGUCCUCACUCGGAUGGACCUGCGGCUCAAACUUCUUACGACCUGUAUGCCCAUGCUUCACAUGGCCAAGACAAUGGACAAGUCUACGAUCCUUACACGCCAUCUACACAGGCGAACGACCCCGUACAAAGCUUUGCCAACGAUCCAUAUAUUCUGGCGCCAACAUCUCACGAUCCUUACUCCUAUGUUCCGACUGAAGUCAGGGACUCCGAAGGCGUUGCGCACAAGGAAGAGGGCGUCAUCGCAAAUGCUUACGAAGGCCAGCAGCUCUUCGAUCCUUACUCACACGGAGUAAAUGCCCCAAGCUAUGGCUUCUCAGUUCCUACGGCGAACGAAACAGAUCCGUCUCGUACAGUCCAGCACGGAAGGGACGUGAGCAACACUUAUGCACCUUCAAGCCAUGCGUCCAGUGAGGACCUGUAUCCGCCACACCAGCCCACUUUGCAGUCACGAGCCGAUGCCGAGUUUCCAGACCCAGCUGAAGAGCGGCAGAGAGCUCGCAUCCCGCUUGUCGCCUUCGCUCUGGACGGAAAGAUGGCCACAUUCUUCCCUGGCAAGUCGAGGAAAGUAGCAACAAUGGGCGGAUACGCUGCUGCGUAUGGCGGGGGAGUGGGUUCCGAGCAGGAAGUGACGAUACGAGACUUAUCCGAUUUCGUCGCUUCCUCUUCAUACGGAUCCCUUUUCGACCCCCUCGAAUUCAGUGGUCCUGCAUUCGAUGGUGCGGCCCCGGCCAGCGCGAUUGCUCGUGCUACCGGCAGCUCCAGCGCACUGAAGGCGAAGAAAGCAGCCAUGUUGAAAUUCCUCCAGCAGCGCAUACAGGAAGCUUCUUUGGGUAUAGGAUAUUUGCGUCAGACCGGAGAUGCCGCCGAGUGCUCCAACAGAUCACCGGAGGAGGCGGAGGAUCGAGUCUUCAUGCUUCGCCUUCUAAUCUUCCUGCUCGAGCACGAUGGUGGUCAAGCCAAUAGUGCGACAUUUGAAAGCGCUGCUGUAGAUCUAUUCAGGGCUGUCUCGCAUGAACGUCGACCAAAAGCGGACUCUGCUCGAGCUCCCUCUGAAACCUUAGUAGCUCAACCGCGCUUCCCCUCAAUGGAACAUAUCCAGCAGCUGCUUAUAGAGGGAAAGCGGAAGGAGGCCGUCGACCUUGCUGUACAGGGUCGCCUCUUUGCCCAUGCAUUGGUCAUUGCCAGCUCGAUGGACAAGGACACUUGGCGAGCCACCGUUGAGCAAUUCAUCUCGGACGAGGUCCGAGGGUCAUCUGAUGCGAUCGAUGGAACCGGCCUUUUCGGGCUGCAGGUCGCCUAUAGUCAUCUUGGGGGGCAAACUCCGUUAGCAAUGAGAGAUUUGUUUCACAGUGAAUGCAACGCCUCUGCAGUACAUUCGCACUGGCCAGUAGCGGUAGCCACGCUACUUGGCAACCGAAUCACUGCAGAUAACUCCAAUCUGAUUGCCGUGGGGGAUGCACUUGCUAUGAAAGGUCGCGUGGAAGCUGCACACUGCUGCUACCUAAUGUCAUCACCUGCGCAAGCCCUGGGUGGUGCAGACGCGACAUCCUCGCGCAUUGUUCUCCUUGGCUCUCGUAAUCCCACUGCGGACCCCAGUUAUCGCACCAAUCUCGAUUUCAUCAUCAUGACCGAGAUCCUGGAAUUUGCGCUCGGGCUCGCACCGGUUUCCAAAGGCACUGAGCCUUUUACAGGCUUGCCACGCCUACAAGCCUUCAGACUCCUGCAUGCGUAUCAGCUGGCAGAGCUCGGCGAAAAGACCAGAGCGCAAAAGUAUUGCGAUGCAGUCGCAGGAGUGAUAAAGGGCAGCAAGCCAUCACCUUAUCUUCAUCGAAUGCUGUUGACUCAGCUGAAGGAGCUGUCGGAUCGUCUGACGGGUGCGCCGACCUUGGAUGCUGGAGGGUCUUGGGUGGGUCGCAAGAUGCCACGCGCUACCCUUGAUGGAGUAUGGGGAGCUUUGGAAGGCAGCUUCACCAAGUUCAUUGCCGGUGAAGACGAUACAUCGGGCCAGAGGCCAGGCGGGCCUGGAGGCACAGGAAAGCCCACCAUAGGGCCAUUCUCCCAUUACAGCGCGAUCACACCCGACGCCACGUCUGGUGGGGUCUCGAGGGUGCAGUCGAUGGCAGACUUUGGCGCUACUGCCGCACGGAGCCCUCCAUCCUCGCGCGCCCCGUCAGCACUGGGUUUCUACUCAGGUAGAGCAGAAUCACCUACACACCGCGCAUCAUCGGCUCUCAGCUCUCGCAAGGCUUCCAACGUCAACUCACGCCGUCUGGAACGCGAUGCUUCCGAAGUCGGCUCUGACUACAACUACAAUGGCAAUGGCUCCCGAAGCUUUGCAACCGACGACGCGCCUUGGCCAGAAGUACCUGGGGUGUCCAUGGGCAGGGAACCAGGUCAUCUUGAUACCUUCCCGUCUCAUAUCAAUUCUUUCGAGCAAGACGCGGACAUGAAGACGCCGCUAGCACUACAAUUCCUCAGUACGGUCGACGAGUGUGGUCAGGAUGGUUCAUACCAGCCUCGAAGCCCUGCAGUCCCCACAGCAGCGCGGGAGGAGCCCACGUUGGCGUCAAUGUCGGCCCCUUACGAUGACGCAGAAGGGGACGACGAUCUGGGGCUUGGGAACUCAAAUGGUAAGAAAUUGCAAUCUGAGCAAGAUGGAAAGGGGGAACUUCGUGUGCAAAGAGCUAGCGUCGAAAAGGAGAACGAUGCGCCGAAUGAGGAGGUAAAGCCUGGACUCAAGGCGUCUCCUUCAGGGAGCUGGCUGGGUCGGUGGUGGGGAAAGAAAGAAGAUGCCCCUAAGGCAAAGAAAGCGCAUUUGGGGGAAGAAAAAUCAUUCUAUUACGAUCCCGAGCUCAAACGCUGGGUCAACAAGAAGGCUGGCGAUUCAGCAAGCAAACCUGCCACCCCGCCGCCACCACCUCGAAGCAAAGCCCCAUCUCCAGCGAGUGCCUCCAUGCCGGACAGCGAUUCCAAGCGCAGCUCUUUCGAAUCUGGGUCUGCUUCGGGUGGUCCCCCAUCACCGGGACGAGCAGCUCCGCCUCCAAGAGCGCGAUCGAAUUUGGCAGAUCCUUCGCAGCCAGCUGCUUCUCAGUCUCUACUGCGACCAUCGUCAGCUGCUGCCGCGCCACCGGGUGUCGGCCCCCUGCCAGCGCCGGGCCCUGGCCCACCAAGAGGUACGGGCGCCGGAAAGAAGAAGCCAAUCAAAUCUCGCUAUGUCGUUGUAGACUAGAGCAUAUCACAUGCAUUGCAGUCUGUUGACUGGCAUAC